AUGAGCGGAGCCGGAAAGAAAGUGGCGGAUGUGUCUUCGUGUAUAGCUUAUGACAGCGUUGAAAUCCCCAAGUACGUGGACAAUGUAACUCCUGAGUACAAGCCCAAGUUUGAUGCUUUGUUGGUAGAACUGAAAGAAGCAGAGCAGAAAUCCCUAAAGGAAUCUGAGCGACUGGAGAAAGAAAUCAUUGAUGUCCAAGAGAUUAGCAAAAAGCUAAGCACAAUGACGGCGGAUGAGUAUUUUGAGAAGCAUCCAGAGCUGAAAAAGAAGUUAGAUGAUGAAAUCCGCAACGAGUACUGGGGAUACUGA